CCGUAGGAAGAAGUUUCCGGUUCCGGUUAGGUCUCUUUCGGCGUUUCAGAGACUGGCAAGAUGUCGCUCGUAAUUCCAGAGAAGUUCCAGCACAUUCUUCGUGUCAUGGGCACGAAUAUUGACGGUAACAGGAAAGUUAUGUUUGCUAUGACAGCAAUCAAAGGUGUCGGUCGUCGUUAUGCUAAUAUUGUGUUAAAAAAAGCUGAUAUCGACUUGGACAAACGUGCUGGAGAAUGCUCUGAGGAAGAAGUUGAGAAAAUAGUAACUAUAAUGACCAAUCCUAGGCAAUACAAAAUCCCCGAUUGGUUCUUAAAUAGACAAAAGGACAUCAUUGAUGGCAAAUAUUCACAGCUUACCAGUUCCAACCUGGAUUCUAAACUUCGUGAAGAUUUGGAGCGUAUGAAGAAAAUUCGUGCACACAGAGGCUUGCGUCAUUACUGGGGUCUUCGCGUGCGUGGUCAACACACAAAGACGACUGGUCGUCGUGGACGUACAGUGGGUGUAUCGAAAAAGAAGUAAUUUUAUAUUUCAUUGCUUAUCAAUAAAUUUAUAAAUCAAAA